UUCAGAUAAGGAGUGUGCAGGAGAGAUGGCCGGCGCCGACGGCGGGAUCCAGCGGCGUCCCUGGGACCUCUCGCGGAGGGCUGCCUCCUUCCUGCGCAUGGCGCGGCUGGCGCUCGCCGGCGCCGCUCCGGCACAACUGCUCGCGGAAGAGGAGGCCGUCGGCGGCCACAUCUGCGACCCGUAUUACAAGAGCAUCAGCACGGAGGACGACGACCUCGAAUCCGACGGGCUUUGGCUGGAGGAGGACGAAGUCGAGCUGCUCGUGGGCGACGAGGAUGGGUCAACGGCGAGAGGCGGCUUGUCGUCUGAGAUCAGCACUGAUACUCGUGGCGGUGGUGGUGGUGAACAAGAGGUCCCAGUUCAACAGGCAGAACCGGCCUCCGACGGCCGGCGGCGCCGCGGCCGCGCUUCGUCCGGGGAAUAACGCCGCGGCGGCGGCGGUUCUGGUGGCGGAGUCGUCGGAGCCGCUGGUGCCGCACCGCGCCGCGAAACGGGCGAACGAUGCCGAGAUGGUUCACCACCCUUUCGGAUGCGAUCGCCGAGGGAGCGAGUCCUCGUCGUUGCUGCUUGUUUCUUCCUAGUCUCGUCGUCUUGACUGGAUCGCAAAGGAGUCAACAGCUGGCCUCUUGAUCGGAGAAGUGAAAAAGAUGGUUCCUAAAAUUAUGCCUAGGGAGGUAUAUAUCCAAUUUCAGAUUUUCGUGUCCCGUUCAUAAAAUUUGGUGCUCCUGAAUCCUGAUUAAUUGUUGCUUGG